CCACCAAUUCCUUUCCUUUCCAUUCCCAUUCCCAUUCCCAUUCCCAUUCCCAUUCCAUCCAAAGCCUUACAAGCACUCCUCUCUCUUUCUCAAGUCUUCAAGUUGUGGAUUAUUUUCCAUUUCAAUCACAGAACAGAAAUUAAUAAUGAAGUUGCUGUCUAGGAAAGCUACGUGCAACUCUCAUGGCCAAGAUUCUUCAUACUUCCUAGGAUGGCAGGAAUAUGAGAAGAACCCAUACCAUGAAAUCAACAAUCCCGACGGCAUCAUUCAGAUGGGUCUUGCAGAAAACCAGCUCUCAUUCGAUCUUCUUGAGUCAUGGCUUGAAAAGAACCCUGACGCAGCUGGGUUCAAGAGAGAUGGUCAGUCCAUAUUCAGAGACCUUGCUCUCUUCCAGGAUUAUAAUGGUCUCCCAGCCUUCAAAAAUGCAUUGGUGGAAUUUAUGUCAGAAAUAAGAGGCAACAAAGUCUCCUUUGAUCCCAACAAGAUAGUCCUCACUGCCGGUGCAACUAGUGCCAAUGAGACCCUCAUGUUUUGUCUUGCUGACCCCGGCGACGCCUUUCUUCUUCCAACACCAUACUAUCCAGGAUUUGAUAGAGAUCUCAAGUGGCGAACAGGGGUUGAAAUUGUACCAAUUCAUUGUGCAAGCUCCAAUGGCUUUCAAAUUACUGAACCAGCUCUCCAACAAGCCUACCAAGAAGCACAACAACGUAACUUGAGAGUCAAAGGUGUUCUUGUCACCAACCCAUCUAAUCCUCUAGGCACAUCAAUGACUCGACCUGAACUCAAUCUCCUCCUCAACUUCAUCACUGAAAAAGAUAUUCAUCUCAUCAGUGACGAGAUUUAUUCCGGAACCGUAUUUAGCUCUCCGGGGUUCGUUUCCAUAAUGGAAGUACUCAAGGAGAGGAAAUGUGACAUUAACACUAGUCAAGUAUGGAACCAAGUCCAUAUCGUGUAUAGUCUCUCAAAAGACCUUGGUCUCCCCGGUUUUCGAGUUGGCGCAAUCUACUCCAACGAUGAGAUGGUUGUAGCCGCAGCGACAAAGAUGUCAAGUUUCGGCCUCAUUUCGUCACAAACUCAGUAUCUUCUCUCUGAAAUGUUAUCUGAUAAAAAGUUUAUGAACAAGUACAUGAAGGAGAACCAAAAGAGGCUUAAACAAAGACAUCAAAUGCUCGUCUCUGGUCUUGACAAAGUGGGCAUAAGCUGUCUUAAAAGCAAUGCUGGCUUGUUUUGCUGGGUUGACAUGCGACAUCUCUUGAGGUCCAAUACUUUUGAAGCUGAGCUUGAGCUAUGGAGAAAGAUUGUCUGCGAUGUUCGUUUGAACAUCUCUCCUGGCUCUUCCUGCCAUUCUACCGAGCCAGGGUGGUUUAGAGUUUGCUUUGCCAACAUGUCCGAAGAAACCUUAAGCAUUGCAAUGGGAAGAUUGAAGACAUAUGUGGACUCCAUCACCAAUAUUAAUACUAUCAACAACCACCGGAACGCCAAAAGUUCUAGAAGAAGGUCACUCACCAAGUGGGUUUUCCGGCUAUCGUUUGAUGACCGUGAGCCUGAACAACGAUAGUCUGGAGUCUCAAGUUUUUUUUUGCCAAGAAAUUUUUUUGGCUGAUUAUCUUAUUUUACUUUAAAAAAUAUAUAUAUAAUGUAGAAAAUGCACUCGGUCCCAUGUGGAUUAGAAGUGGCUCUAGCUUUGUCUAUACAAAUUGUCAAGUUCUCCUUCCAAGAGAAAAUCUUCUCCAUUCUUUUACUGUGUGAUUUAUUAUAAUAUUAGAACAUGUGACAUCAUAUGAUGCAAA